AUGGAGCUCUCGCCAUCGCCGCCGCCGCCGCCGCUGGAGGGGAGGUGGGGGGACCUCCCCGACGACAUCGCCGUCGCAAUCGCGUGCCGCCUCCAGGAGGCGGACGUGUGCGCCCUCGGCGGAUGCUCCAGGUCCUGGCGCCGCGCCUGCGACGCCAACUUCGUGUGGGAGGGCCUCUUCCGCCGCCGCUGGCCGGCCACGGCGGCGGCUGUGGCGGCCGGAGGAGGGGCAGGGGCUUCACGCGUGCAGGGGUGGAAAGCUCUCUACAUAAAUCACCAUGGAAGAACUGCCGUGGCUGUCUCUAGGGUGGUUGAGUUUGUGGAGAGCAGCUCACAUGACGGGUCGCUUGAAGCUGAAUAUUACCUGAAAGCUAUGUCUGAUUUGGCAUUGAUGAAGGAUAUAGGCUUUGUGAAUGUCCAGUUCUUCUUGCUUUCAAGGAAUCGCAGCGCGAUAAUAAAUCUGAUUGGACUGCACUACUCCAUUGCAUGCUUGCAUAUGCUGCCAAAUGAAGUAGAGAAAGCGCUUCAAGCUUGCCAGGUAGCAGAAAGGAAAGUAUGUGUGAGUUUGCUCAAGCUUGGUAGGUGGUUCUAUGGUUUUCGGUUGCCUGAUGAAUAUGAAUCGCACAAAUUUUCAUUGAGUGGGCUCACCAGUGAUGAGGGGGCAAAAGUUCUGGUCAUUCUUAACCGUGGUGCUGUUCAUGAGGUAUUUCGUCUUCAGAUCAGUUUGCUGGGCGCAAAUAAUUGAGCUUAAAGUAUGCAAAACAUAUGUACAUGGCUUGCUGGGCUUUCUGUAAAUAUGGUAUGAUCAUCCUUUGUAUUUUGGUGCCCUGGUGGUACUGCUUUGAUGUAAAUGGCCAAUAGAGAUGGGUGAAAGUGUGAAAUCCAUGCACACUUCUUAUGUAAAUAAAUAAUUGAAUCGCACAACCUUGUACACAUGUUGCUGAUAAUUUCUGUUCAGUGUGUGA